CUGUGAUCUUCAGAUCUCAGCAGUCUGAGUAGCAGGGCCAAUGGCACCCUGCUUGUGGACAUUUUUUUUUAUCCCAGGUUGAAUGAUGGGAUUAGAAUAAUGUGCCUCCUCUUGAUCAGUCUAUAUAUUCAAUGAAAUACUGGAGAUAAUAAAAAUAUCAGGAAUGUGACCACCGCAUCUAGUCAACAUGUGCCUCAUGAGGUGCUGCGCGCCAUUAUGGGAUAGUAACCAAAUGAAAUAGAAGUUUUUCAUGCUAGGAUUCAAUGGUGUUAAAGUUUGUUUCGUCGUCCGGCAUGCAUGUUUUUCAUAUCUACAAGGUGAGAUGCAUGCAUCCAUUAGGGAGCAGUAGGGCUCAUAGUGACCAGAGUAAAAAUGUACAGAUCAGUUCCAUAAGCUCUUAUUGCUGGUAAUUCUUGAGGAGGUGAAUGUGUCCCGAUUACCACAUCCUUUUCUUCAUGAUAAAUGUUUGGAGGCCAAAGAAUUACGUAUGUGAACUCUUCAUGAGUUCAUUACACACUCCUGUGUAUCAGGUGACUGCUUCCUUCCGUCAGCAUGCCUGGAUUGUUUCAGGACUCCUUCACCUUCGACGAUGUGGCUGUGAACUUUACCCCUGAGGAGUGGGCUUUGCUGGAUAUUUCCCAGAAGGAACUCUAUAGAGAUGUCAUGUGGGAAACCUUGCAGAACUUGUCCUUUCUUGGCGAAAAGUGGGAAGAUGAGAACUUUGAUGAUUGGAGCCAAAAUUCAGGAAGGUAUUUAAGGUAUUCUGUUCCUGACACUGGACACAAACAGCGUGAGAUGCUGGAAUGUGAAGAGAAACCAUGGAACUGUGAGCAAUAUGGGAAAGUUUUCCAUAAUCACCGUGCCUUUCAAAGAAGUGCAAAAACUCACUCUGGAGAGAAGCUCUGUGAAUGUAAAGAAUGUAGGAAAUCCUCCAUUCCUCUUAAAACCCAGAGAUGGCACACAGUGACGCUCACUAGGGACAGAGGUUGUGGAGGUCUCCUGUGGAGCAAAGCCUUUCCCUGUACCAGUUCACUGGCAGUGCACAAAAGUGCUGAAACCAGAGGGAGUCCAGGUGAACUUGAGGGUGAUGGGAAUGAACUCACACAUUCUGCUGCGUUUCCAGUCAAAGAAAUGGCUCUCACUGUAGAUACAUCCUGCAAACGUAAAAAAAGUGUGGAGGCUUGCAGCCAUUUGAGUUCUUUUUGGUUUCAUGAGGAGAAACCCUAUGAUGUUACAGAAUGUGGGAAAACCUUUUCUCUCAGGAAGUUUAGAAGACCCAUGGAUGCGCACCAUGGAGAUAGACCUUACGAAUGUAACUUUUGUGGGAAAGCCUUUUUAUUUCCUAGCUUAGUUUGCAGGUAUGAAAGGCGUCACACUGGACAGAAGCCCUAUGAAUGUAAGCAGUGUGGGAAAGCCCGUUCAGGUGCUGCUUAUUUACAAGUCCACGAAAGAAUUCCCACCGGCGAGAAACCCUAUGAAUGUAAGCAGUGUGGGAAACGCUGUGCUUGUUCAAGUUCUUUUCGAGAACGGAACAGGCCUUUCACUAGACAAAAUCCCUCUGAAUGGAAGGCACCUGGGAAAGCUUUUACACUUUACAAUUCUAUCAGAAUCCAGAGAAGGACUCACACCAGAGAGAAAACUUACGAAUGCAAGAAAUGCAGUGAAGGUUUUCUUGCUCCCAGAAGGGUCAGAGGGCAAGUGGUGGAACUCAACACAGGUGUAACCCAUCAAUGUGAAUUUUGUGAGGAAACCAGGAAGCCUAUGUGUUGUCUACACCACAAAAGGACUCAUUCAAGAAAGACGCCCUAUGAAUGUCAGGACUGUGGGAAGGCCCUCAGAAACUAUAGUACUUUGAAAGUGCAUGAAAUGACUCAUACUGGGGAGAGACCUUAUGUGUGUACACAGUGUGGGAAAGCCUUCACACAUUCUAGUUCUGUUCGAGUACAUGAAAGGACUCACACCGGAGAGAAACCUUAUAAGUGUACUGAGUGUGGCAAAGUCUUUGCACACUCUAGUUCUUUUCGAGUGCAUGAAAGAACUCACACUGGAGAGAAACCCUAUGAAUGUCAGCAGUGUGGGAAAGCAUUCAUAUAUUUGAGUUCUUUUCAAGUACAUGCAAGGACUCAUACUGGAGAGAGGCCUUAUGGUUGUAAGCGAUGUGGGAAAGCCUUUAUUUGUUCUAGUCAUCUUCAGAAACAUGAACGAACUCAUUGGAGAGGCACUGAAAAUGAGUAUGGGAAUACUUAAUUUUUUUUUUUUUGGCCA